AUGAGUAAAAUUGGUCCGUUGGGAAAUGAAGGAUACAGAGAUUGGCAUAAUAUGGGUCGGGGCCUUAAAAAUCAUGAAGCAAGUAAGGAGCAUAUAGAUUGCAUGACUAGUUGGAUUGAAUUAGAAAUAAGACUAAGUAAAAAUAAAACAAUUGAUCAAAGUGUGCAGAUUGAAAUCAAUAAAGAAAGAGAACACUGGAAACAAGUGCUGAAGAGGAUAAUAGCUGUUGUGCAAAGAUUGGCAAAAAAUAACUUGGCAUUUAGAGGAGAUUGUGAGAAGCUUUAUGUGGAAAAUAAUGGUCUUUUUUUGCAAAUGAUUGAAAUGAUUGUUGAGUUUGAUCCGAUUAUGAAAGAGCACAUUCGACGUAUUCAAGCACAUGAGACUCAUUAUACAUAUUUGGGCCCUAAAAUUCAAAAUGAAUUGAUACAAAUGUUGGCAAAUGAGGUUGAUGAUACAUCAGGGCUUGGAUUUUUUACUGAGCUUAAAAAUAUGUUGACCAAUCUUGAGCUGGACAUUGAUGAUAUAAGAGAUACUAGUGAAGAUCCUAAAACAAAGAGCAAAGCUGAGUCCUUAGCAACAUAUGAACUUCAGAAUUUUGAGUUCUUGCUUGGCAUGGUAAUUUGGUACAAGUUAUUGCAUGCAAUCAACACUGUAAGUAAAUUCCUUCAAGCUGAAAAUAUGGAUAUUGAUGUUGCUAUCAGUCUUUUAGAAGGACUUAUUUUGUUUCUCGAUGACUAUAGAGAAUCUGGGUUUGAUAAAGCCAUGGUUGAAGCGAAACAAAUAGCAAAUGAAAUGGGAGUUGAAGCUGUAUUUCUAGAAAAACGCAUGAUUCAAAGAAAGAAACAGUUUGAUGAGGAUGACAGUGAUGAGAUAACACAAUCAGCAGAAAAUUCUUUUAGAGCGGCGGGGGAUGGGUCGUCGCAACUCUCUGUCGCUCGUGCAUGGACUAGUGUGGCUAGCAGCGAGGAUCGUCGCAACUCUUCAUUGCUCGUGCCUCGUGGUCUAGUGCGGCGACCAACGGGGGAUGAGUCAAGUGGUCUGGUACGACGGCUGACAGAGGAUAGGCGGGUGCAAAACUGGUGCUGCAACCGGCGAGGAUGGGUGUGCACGAGAGCUUUGAGAGACGAAGAAGAGGAGAGGAGAUAA